AUGGAGAUGAGUCUAGGUGCCAACAAACGAAAUAAAUUAACCCAUGCAAAACAGCUCUUUGAAUUUGCAAGCAAUUACGAAGGAGUGUACCAAAGCAGCAUUACUCAAGCAGCGAAAUUCUAUAGUAGUAGCGGAUAUGAGGAUGAAUUGUUAUGGGCUUCUGUGUGGCUUUUUCUCGCCACCGGCGAGGAAUCUUACAUAGAUGCCCUUAAAGGGUCCUCUGGUGGCACGAGAUCCAGGUUUUCCUGGGAUGACAAGUACGACCUUGGUGCACAGGUCCUAGUUUCAAAGGAGGCCUUAGAUCAAGACAUAUAUGGCCAGUUCAAGUUUGAUGGAGAGCAGUUCAUAUGCAAUUACCUUCAAAAAGGCGAGAAAAAUAUUAUCAAGACACUCGAGGGCUUGCUAUGGUUUAUAUCAUACGACCUUCAAUACAUAACCACUGUCACAUUCAUUGCAACAACAUAUUUUGAGUAUCUGACCACAUACUCAGCUACGUUUGAUUGUCUCGGUGGCACUAUACAGCCCAAUGACCUACUUGUGUUUGCCAAAUCACAGGUGGAUUAUAUCAUGGGUUCAAACCCAAGAAACACGAGCUACAUGGUAGGACUUGGGUCAAAUUAUCCUAAACAAGUUCAUCAUAGAGGUGCGUCCAUUGUUUCCAUCAAGAUAAAUCCUGAACCUGUGACAUGCCUAGGAGGCUUUUUGUAUUUCAACUCUAGCGAACCCAACCCAAACGUGUUGGAUGGUGCAGUGGUUAGUGGCCCCGAUGAGAAUGAUAACUUCAACGACUUAAGAUCUAACUACGAACAGGCUGAACCAACCACAGUUACUACCGCACCCCUAGUUGGCAUCCUGGCUAAGCUUGCCUUUAGCUUCAAAUAA